AUGGCAGCAAAAGAUGACGGAGGGAUGAAGUCAGGACUGAAAAAGAAUGUUGGUCAUCUUAUACAAAAUGUCCUUACCCACUUAAAAGGAAAAUAUAUAUUAGAAAACAAGAAAGAUGAAAUGAGUAAAGUUGACGAUUUCAAUACAUUAUUAGACUACUAUAAAGGAGAAAUAUUUAGUGAUGCUGAGUAUAAUUGCAAAAAAAAUAGGCAAGAAAACUUGAGACGACCUAGACAGCUACCAGUAGAGGAUGACAUUAAUAAGCUUAGGCAGUUUAUCUUAACACAAAUAAAAGAGUUGGAUGACCCUUAUAAGUUUUUAGAACCAAAUGAAUAUACCUUUCUCAGAGAUCUUAUAGUUAGUAGACUAACAUUAUUCCAUGCAAAAAGAGGAGGGGAACCAAGCAGACUCACUUUAAAAGAAUGGAUGGAUGCAAAGGAUGAUGCAUGGGUAGAUGAAAGCCAAAUGAAAAAGGUGAAAAACCCAGAGGAAUUGGAACUUUUUCAGAAAUAUAAAUUGACAUAUCAAUCUGGUAAAUGUGUUAGUCACCUUCUCCCAAUUCUCAUCCCUGAAGACACAUGGAAGGCCAUGACAAAACUAACAGAUCAGCAAAUUAGACAAGCAGCAGGUGUUAAACAAACUAAUAUAUACGUAUUUCCUAAUAUUAAAGAUUCAAACUUUCAUGUAUGCGGCUGGAAAAGUGUAAACAAAAUUUGUAAGAAGGCAGAAUUAUCAAAAAGGAUUAAUGCUACUCAGAUGAGGCAUUACAUGUCAACAUUAUUUGCCAAUUUGGAGGUAACAGAUGCUACAAGAGAAGCCUUCUACAGACAUAUGGGACAUUCUGAAGAAGUUAACAAACACGUUUAUCAAUGUCCAUUGGCAAUACAAGAAAUAACUAAAGUGGGGAAGUUCUUUCACCAAUUUGAUUUAGAUUCAGGUAAUAUAACAGCAGAAGAGGAACCCAACAGUCAAGAGGAUGUCGCAGGACCAUCAUCACUGAAUGACAACAAGUGUGCAAAAAGUGAAGUAGAUGAAGGUAGCAGUGAAUUGACAAAAAGUACUGAAAAGAAAGGACAAAAGAAAUUCGUGGUAUACAGUUCUUCAGAGAAUGAUUCUAGUAUAGAAAGUGACUCAGAGAAUGAUUCUAGUCCAGAAAGUGACUCAGAGAAUGAUUCUAGUCCAGAAAGUAACUAUAGUACAGAUUAUGGUGAAGGCAGCAGUUCACACAAGAGAGGGUUAAAAAGAAAAAGUAAAGAUGACCAAAUUGAAGAACAAAUCAGAAGUAAAAAGAAAGGAAGGAGAUAUGUUAAUUGGAAUAAGGAGGAUGAAAAGGUUGUAAGAACAUACUUCAAGGAUUAUGUCGAAGACGUGUCUAAAGAAAAGUCCAAAGGAUCACUACCUGGUUUUAAGGCCAUUGAAGUAUUUAUGAAAAAAUAUCCAAAAGUAAUGGCCAAUGAAACAGACCCUGUUAUUAGAAGAGAUCUUAUAAAAUACAAAGUCUUCAAUGAAAGAAAUAAGACCAGGAAAAAUUAUCAGCAGAGGAAGAAUAAAUAUUCUAUGUAA